UCCGCGCCUUGUUCAAAGAACGGCAUGAGUAGGUUAGAAUCGAGUUGAGAUGUAAGGUUUUGUUGUGAUUAUAGAUCAAGUUUUCGAAUGAUUGCUCACAUGCUCGGAUUUUGAUAUAGCCACGAUGAUGUGAUGUUAAUCAGUGCUUUGAUGUCAUAAAACAACGCAUCGUAGUCGAGAAAACCACGGGCUGACGAAAUGGAAGAUGGGGACUCCGAUUCGGUGGUCAGCGAGAUCCCUGUUUACCUCUCAAAGACUCUUGCAGAGAAGCUCUUCAUUUUUCAGUAUCCUAUUCGGUCAGCACGCGAGGGAUAUGACAAUGUAACUUUCUUGAAAACUUCAAUUAAACCUGACAACCAGGAGGUGCGACUUGAGGUGUCGGUAGACACUGAAAAUGUCAAUUACGAUCACAGUAAGGGAGAACAGAUAGCAAUAAAUGUCGACGGCUCUUUGAAACAUGAAAAAGAAACUGAUAAAGCCUUUGACAGUCAGCUUAUGGACAAAACAGUGCUUCAUUCUAUGCGGGCGCUUCCUGAUUGCUCCAAUUACGCUAUUGGAGUAUUACAAGAUGGGGAAUUACACCUCACGUCUUUAAAAGGCAUAGUUCAAAUGCGUCCUCAAUUCAACUACCUUGACAAAAGCGACAAACGUGCCAAAGAGGAGGCUAAAAUCAUGGGUGAAGAAGUAGAGGAUGAAGAGGAUAGCGCAAAACAAGUGAAUGUAACUUUUGCCAGGCAGGAGCCUGAAUUUCUUAAAAAAAUAAGGGAACAGUCGUUUCAGCAUUAUUCAAAAAAGAGCCUAGAAGAACGAUGGGUACAUACCAGUUAUGUACCAGUAAACGCACCCAAGGCAGAGUUGGCACGGAUGGAGAUGAUCUCUUCUUCGAACGAAGAUUCUGUCAACAAUUUGAACUUGUCUAGCGAAAAAUAUUUGGCACUCUUAGCGCCACCUCAUAAAGAAGAUGAAGUUACUAAGGCUGCUGUACUAACCCCGAGUACCUCUCUGAAGUAUAUACGGACACUUCCUCUUCUUGAUCAGAUUAAAGUUUUUGUCAAGGAUGCCAAAGUUAUUGCUUUCACUCAGCUAAAAAGCCUUCUGUCGCCUGGUCAUGAUCCCGCUGCGGUGUUGAAAUACCUUCAACAAGUAGCUGUGUUGGUACAGGGAAACUGGGUCGUUAACAGCGAACUUGUCUACCCAAAAGAUACAGUUUCUGCUCAUAAUGGCAUUCCUACAGAUUUAAUGUGUAGAGCCAGAGAUUACGUGCUGUUGGCCUUCACGGAAUCUCAGUAUAUUGAUCGUAAGCCCAUUUCAUCAGUAAUAAAAUUGCCUUCUGAAGAGGUGACUGAAAUAUUUACAAAUCUUGCCCGGCAUCAGCCCAAAAAAGGGUGGACUCUAAUUCUGCCUCGUAACCAGGAAUUUUUAGACAGGUAUCCAGAAAUAUCUCAGCGACAGGAUAUGCUAUGGGAGGCAAAACGAAAGCAUUUGCGAGAAGCUAUGGAGACACACAAUCAGCCACCUCAACGCCAGAGACGAAAAUCAAACCGUGAAUCUAUUGGCUCUGAAAAUGAGGAAAGGAACAUUGGUCGUGGAAAAAAAACUUUAAGGGAUUCAUCCAUUUCCGACAACGACUGCACAGCCGAAAACGUCAAGCAGAAAAAACCGACCAGGUCUAGAAAAUCUUCUGAAACAACGUGACGGAGGUUGGUGUCAAUUUACCAUCUGUGAGAUUGUACAGGAAGCCGAUUCGUUCGCUGACUUGAAAUUUCAAAUUCUGGAUCUCCGGACCUUUGCCAAACGUCGUCCAUUCUAUAAUGUUUUUCGGGUUUGCUGCCACAUCGGUGACCCAAUUUGGACAGCGUUUAUACGACUGGAAAAAAGUCAGGAGAAUUCCUUAUGAGAUUUAAAAGAAUCUGUAGUUAUGCUUUGAAAACCUGUUUUUUGAAGAAGUGAAGAUUUGGAAAACUAA